GUUAGCCUGACGGCUACGCGCCCUAAUCCACGAAGAAGGAGAAGUGCGGUUUAUGUUGUUCUAUAUCAAUAUUGAUAUACCCAAGGCCAUAUAUAGCCGAUAUACCUAUUUAUGUACACUGUGGAUAUACCCUGCGGCUUAUAGCCUUGGUGCGGCUGCAAAAAUAAUUCUCGAUUGUUGCUGGUAUCUUGGCCUUGUGUUGGGUAGUAUUGACGACCGAUUCCUUUAGUUUGUAAAAUCUCUUGUUUUCAGAAAUAUCAUGAGUUCUGGUCGUCCCCGCCACCGGGGUGGUCGUCAAGGCAACAGUCGCCAUGGUGACGGCGGCGAGCGUCGUCCGCCGGAGCCCAAGCCGGAGCCGGCCGCGGACGACACGCCCGUGACGGCCAUGUUUCGCGGCUUCGCCUCCCAGCUGGACAGCAAGCACGACCUCUACGAGCGGCUGGUCAAGAAGAGCCGCGACGUCACCAUCGAGAGCAAGCGCAUCAUCUUCAUGCUGCACAGGGUGACGAGUGAGGAGCAGGACCGGCAGGUUCUAGAGGAGGCGGCCGGACGGUUCCGUCAGCUGGAGGGCGGCACGCUGCGCCAGAUUGCCGAGGAGCUGGCCGGCCACGACCCGUACCUGUACCUGCGCGCCAUCAGCCCUGGCCUGCAGGAGUACAUUGAGGCGCUCUCCUUCUACCACUACCUACUCAACGACCGAGUGAUCAGUUGCGCCGAGGUGCAGCAGCGCCUGACAUACCCCGGGGGGAGUGCGGAGCCGGCGUCAGGGGCCGAGCCCUCCACCACCGCCGGCGAGCCGCCGCCGCCCGCCGAGACUGGACCGGGAGAGGGCGAGGUGGGCGACCCGCUGCGGCUGCCGCUGCCCUACCACGAGUACGUGCUGGGUCUGGCCGACCUGACGGGCGAGCUGAUGCGCCGCUGCAUCAGCUCGGUCAGCUCGGGCCAGCUGGAGGAGUGCUGGCGGCUCUGUGCCCUGCUGCGCACCAUCCACGAGGGAUUCGUCAACAUCGGUAACACCGGUCCGCGCGAGAUCACGCGCAAGCUGGCCACGCUGCGGCAGAGUCUGACCAAGGUCGAGAACGCCUGCUACCAGCUGAAGGUUCGCGGGGAGGAGAUCCCACGGCACAUGCUGGCCGAUGUGUUCUCGGCCGCGGACGACUACGGCGCGCACGACGACUACGCCGCCGACUAGUCGGGCGAGUGGACAGUCGGGCGGCUGCUCGGGGCUGCGGGGGGGGGGCGCCGCAGUGGGCCGCCGGCACGGUAUGAUCGUGCGAGUCGACGCGGCGGCUCGUACACGAGUCUCACCGGGUGUGCGGGCAGUGCCUGGUCUGGGGGCUGAUGGCCGUGGAGCUGUGCGGACUCUGUGUGAGGACGGAGCCACUGGAAGGUGACGUGGGCCCGCCGCCGACCCCAGGGUACACUCCAGUGGCCGUAUCCGCACCUGGCCUGCGCGGUGCCGUCUGCGUGGCGCCGGGCGACCACCAGGGGUAAACUUGGUUUGUGAAUACGGCCACAAAAAUAGCCAGUUACCCGUUACUCCUACCCCUACCCUUAAAUCGUGAUUGUGAAUACUGCCACAGAGGCGGUCCCAUUGCACUGCGGCCCACCAGGAGAGGCGGAAGAACUCUCACCCUUGCUUCUGGUAUCAGAAGCGGACGACUGUGAUGCUUCUUCUACAGGGUGUCCCAUAAGUUCCUUCUCACCUAAAUUUUUCUUUAAGAGGCUCUCUUAUUUAAAGCCACGCUUAAUUUAUUUUGUAACUGAGCUUUUGGGGUUGCCAUGGCAACUGUGAAUGUGCUCCACGGUAACUAAUUCGUCUAGACAAAAUAUUUUUUGCCAGAGAGUUCACUUCCUUUGGAGACGGCUUACGCCGCAACAUAGAGGUCUCUGAUACGGGAACGUCUCGGUAUUUAGACCGCACUGGGCCAUUCACGACGGUUGAGGGUGAUUGAGGCCAUCCAGUAUGUAGCCAAUGUCUAUCGCUAACUGGACGCACAGUCAACAAGUGACGCCGAUGAUUUGUCGGGAGUCAAUCGCUGCAAGUUUAUGCUCUUUUUUGUCAGAUUUCACGAGUGAGCCAUGUGGCCAAAACUGUGUGGCGCCAAAAUGGCCGUCAAAAAGGUCUUAGCGUUAGAAAGUUGGUAAACAGGCUUUUCAGGAUGUAUUGCCAGCUGUCUAAGAGUAUCAUUUCGGGGUACCUAACUCAAGGUGACUUAAGCUCUACUUACCGGAGGGCUCAAAACAGUCAAAAACGUCUUAAAAUGGCCAAACAUGUGUUUCGUUAUGCCUGAGGCUAAAAAAAACUGGAGGGUCGAUGACAUCAAUGUGGUCAUCUGGACUACCUAGUCCGUGCUCGAGAUAAAACACCCGUCCAAACCCCAAAACGGUCCCAUAUGGGCGACGGAAAAGGCCUUUGUGUCAUUCAGCUUUAUUCCUAUGCAAAAGGCCAGGGUCACGGUAAUGUGGGUCAAUAUGCGUCCAGACACUGAUCACGUUGCGAAUGAUGCUCCAGAAACAGUCUUGGGACGCAGAAUGCUUCUCCAAGAAGAUCUAGGAGGAGUUUCAGCUUUCUAGCUUAACUUGAACCGCAAGUAUGACCACAUUUUUUUAGUAGAAAAUGGCAUCCGGGAGGUCGUAGGCCCAUCUUCAAGCAAGACAGUGCAUCAGUGCAGAGGUCAAGCAAAGCAUAAAAGCAGUGCCAGGAAACUGUGAUAGGCGUGUGUGGCAAGAUCACAUCCCAGGCAACUCAUCGGAUCCAAAUUUCAUAAAAAUGUGUUGGGAAUAUUGAAAUCGAGGCUCGUCGAAGCGAAGCGGUGUUCCAGCAUUGAGGAGCUCACGGCGCAUGCCAAGUCAGUCUGCGCUAACUUCAAGCCUGCUAUGCUGCCAAACAUGCCGGUUGGCAUGUCGCAGCAUGUAUUCAUGUGUUUGCCUAUGAAAUGGGGAGCACAUUGAGGGGUUAUAAACAUAUCAAAACGCAAUGUACUAUGUUUUACAUGCAAAUAAAAGGUGAGAACGAACUUAUGGGACACCCUGUACAUUCUGUGCUUUGAUAGCAACGUUUGCGAUGCUAUUUCGGUGUUUGUGCUGUAGCCCAGUUUUCUAUUUAGUGUUGUCGAGUGAGGUUUUGACAAAUAUAAUUUCUUUGGGUUUUUA